AUGGAAGAAAAGUACGCUUUCGACUGUAUAACUCCACAAUUGAAACACUUACGCUUUUGUGGUUACUAUCAGCUGGAUCCUAAUACUCCCAAAUAUUUCAAUAUUUUGCAUAAAAUUUACAUGCGCUUCAGCUUAAUAUUGAUCACUGUUUUUGCGAUUCAGGAAGCCGUUCAUAUUUUUAACGUUCAAGAUGACAGAGAAAAGAUGAUAAACGUUUUAUUUCUUUUCCUUACACACACAGACUCUAUCUACAAACAAGCUGUGUUUUGGUUGAAAGAAGACAAAAUAGAGGGGCUUUUAGAUACAAUGAGAGGUCCGAUCUACAAUCAGGGUCAACCUGAGCACAGAAUGUAUUUUCAACCCCUGAGGCGCAUUGGAUCACUGCUUCUUCGCGUAGACAAUGGCAUGGCUCUUAUGACAUGUUUCUUGUGGAUGUUGCUCCCAGUAAUUGGACAUAUUCAGUCCAGAACUAUUGAAUUCUCUUUCUGGGUUCCUUAUGAUUAUAACAGGGAUCCACAUUUUUAUUUUACAGCAAUUUACGUUUGGGUCACAGAAUCGUGGCAGGCCUUCGGUAACACGACCAUGGACAUAUUCAUAGCCGUCCUGUUGGCUCAAUGCAAAAUACAAAUACAAAUUUUAAGGUUUGAAUUAACUAAUUUGGUAAAGAGAAGUAAAGAUUUAGCACAAGAAUCAGACGAGCCUUUUGAGGAAGCACUAAAACAACGCUUUGAGAUGCUAGUGCUUCAUCAUUGGAAAAUACUAGAUUUUGUAAACGUUGUUCAAGAAAUAUACGGAGGAGCUAUAUUUUAUCAGUUCUUAGUCGGAGGUUGGAUUAUUUGUACAUCCGUUUACAAAAUGGCUGAUCUUAAUCCUGCCUCAGUGGAAUUCGUAUCGAUGACUACCUACAUGUUCUGCAUACUUACUGAAAUAUUUGUAUACUGUUACUACGGAAGUGAGCUGACUAAUGAGAGCGACAUGUUAACGAACGCUGUGUAUUUUAUGGACUGGCUCGAAAUUUCGCCAUUGGAUAGAAAGAAAAUAAUCAUAUUGAUGGAAAGGGUGAAACGUCCUAUAGUACCCAUUGCUGGGAAUCUCAUACCUCUAUCAAAUGUCACAUUUGUAAAAGUAGUAAAAAGUUCGUAUUCUUUUUUCGCACUGCUAAAGGCUACAAACGAAUAG